AGACGAUGAGUAGCAACAAGGCACAGGCAGCAUCUAAAACAUGUGAGAUAUGUGUUAGUGCCUCUGGAUCUCAUUACUGUUUAGAGUGUGAACAGUACUUUUGUGACAAUUGUAAAGGCUUUCAUAAACGGCAGAGCGUGACAAAGAACCACCAGUUUCAGUCUUCCUCUGAUGUUAUACCGGAAGUUAAAUCGAAAUGUAAAGACCACAAUGAAGACGUAAGCUUUGUAUGUAAUACCUGUAAUACAGCAGUAUGCAGCAGUUGUGUGACUGGCAGUCACUUAGGGCACGCCUUUUCCAAACUUCUGGACAGCAUAUCACAGCUGAAGGAGACGAAUACAACAGACCUGCGUGGUAAGGUCGAUGAAGCUACCCAAAACAUGAAACUGCUAGAAGAAGGUCUGAAGACAUUUGAUGGGAAGGUGGAAGGAAUAGUCAAAGCUAUUACAGAAGAAGGUACAAAGAUAAAGGCUAUGGUUGAUAAAUGUAUCUCAGAGAAGAUUGCAUCGGUCAAGGAUCAAUCACGGAAGGAAAGAGACAAAUUAACAAAGCUAUUGGAAGAAACUCAAAUGUAUUUGAAGGCAGGACGCGACUUAGACAAGAAGAAACAAGAACUAAACAAGACACGAAACGAUGGAAAAUUGUUGCAGUCAUUACAGAAGCUUACAGACGACAUCACAAAGCUGAAGGUAAAGCCUACACCUGCAUUUCCUAGGAUACAGUAUACUGCUAAGUCCGCAACAGAUAACGACAUUAAACAGCUGUUUGGUAACUGCAUAAUCAGUGAAAUGCGUACACAACAAAUCAUGAACAAAGAAAGAGAAUUGCCUUCAUCCAAGAGUGAUUACAAACAGGAUGUGAAGCAAAAGGAGCAGGAUAAAUACCUUUAUAGAUGUAACAAGUGUGGCGACUUGGACUUCUUCGGUUAUCACGGUUAUCGAUGUUCAUGUGGCGGAUUUAUGAGUUAUAUCAAAGAACAGUAA